GGCUAUGAAUUCUGGGAGUUGAUGUCCACAGAUUGUAAAGGGCCCAUGAAUUCUGGGAGUUGAAGUCCACUGGUCAUAAAGAGGCCAUAGUUGCCCACUCCUGACCUUGGGGGUAUAUUGAAUUUCAGAAAUGGGUUUGGGGCCACGAUUCUCCAACUGCUCCUUGGCCAAAGCGGCUGAGAAGAAAAACAAGCAACCAGCCCUCGUUGCAGUUAAACUUCCCCAUUGGGAAACCUUUCAUAACGUGAGGGUUUCCUUUUCCCCACCAGAAGAUCUGGUGACUUCCCCACAUUAUUGAGUCCACCCUGGGGAAACGGCAGCACAGAAGGAUAGUCAAGGAUAACCUUUGGAUGCAACAAUGGAACUAAAUCAAUCCACCAAUUACGACGAUGAGGACUAUUAUGAGGUAGGUCAGUUCUCUGUCUCUGGUCCAGUGUUUCUUAACCUUGGCUACUUUCAGCUGUGUGGGCUUCACCUCCCAGAAUUCCCCAGCCAGCCUAGCUGGCUGGGGAAUUCUGGGAGUUGAAGUCCACCUAUCUUGAAGUGGUCCAGGUGGAGGGGAAAAAAAUGCUAGCCUGUUGAGUAGCCAGCGGAUUAGCUGAGCCUGUCCUUUGAAAAGUAGACUUGCAAGCUCAACCCAACUGGAUUGGCCCGUUGGACAUUUGGUGCUGGGAGGUUUGCCGAGAGCGUGGAGAGGGUUGCAUGAUCCACCAUGUCCAGCUUCUACUACUACUUCACAGGCAGGACAGGAGUAUCCAGGCCUGCCAGACCAAGCCUGCUGGGCACGUUGCCCGAGAUCAACCCCAACGCCCAGCCGUGCCUUCCCACCGAAGUGAGCGCCUUCGCUCGCUAUUUUGUGCCCGUGUUCUUCUCCGUGGUGUUCGUGGUGGGGCUGCUGGGCAACAGCUUGGUGCUGGCUAUCUUGGGCCAAAAUCGCCGGUCCUGGCGCUUUGCUGACCACUACCUCUUCCAGCUGGCGGUGGCCGAUUUCCUUCUGGUCUUAACCCUCCCUUUCGAAGCUGCCCAAUUUAUCCACGGCUGGACCUUUGGAGAAUUCCUCUGCAAGCUGACCGAGGGGCUCUCCACCAUGAACGUGGUCACCAACAUCCUUCUCCUGACCUACAUCAGCAUUGAGCGCUACUUCGUGGUGGUCCGGGGGACGUCACCACACUUCUUCUUGAAGCGUUCUCACAUCUACCUCACUUCGGCCUCUUUCUGGGGCAUGGGCAUCGCGUUCGCCAUUGUGGAUCUCCACUUCCGGACAGUCAGCUAUGUUCCGGAAGCCAUGACUCUCGUCUGCCAGCUGGGCUUUGAGGUCCAGGAUGCCAACUCCUGGAAACUGGGGCUACAAGCCAUCUUCUUCCUUCUGGGUUUUUGGUGGCCUGUCCAAGCAAUGGUCUACUGCUACAGUCAGAUUUUCACCAAGCUGCACCAGGCUGGACUUCUGAGCAAGCAUUUGCCUCUCCGUCUCCUGCUGGUCAUCUGGAUCACCUUCAUCGCCUGUUGGUGCCCUUUUCAUUGCUUGAUGCUGGUGGACAUCUUUCAACGUCUGGGCCAUUUGAAGCGGCACUGUGAGUGGGAGAAGGUGUUGGAUUCCGGACUCUUGAUCACCAGGAGUUUAGCCCUCACCCACUGCUGCCUCAAUCCCUUGGUCUACGCUUUUGGAGGGGUGAAGUUCCAGAGGGAAUUUUCCAGAAUCUUCUGUAGGAGAAGCGAAGCCAGGCGCCAUUCGGACAGUGAGGACAUUAGCCAAGUUACUGACUGGAGCACCGAUCAUGGCUUGGAUUAUUCGAUCAUGAUGUGAGCUGCGGGUGGUCCACCCCACGUGCCGGGAACCCUUCACGAAGUCUUCUCCACACCAUUGCCCACCAGAUACAGGUGGUCCCCGACUUUCGACAGCUCAUUUAGUGACUGUUCAAAGUUAUAACGGUGCUGAAAAAAGUAACUUAUGACUGUUUUUCACACGGCCGUUGCAGCA